CUCGCCUCGCAUGCACAUGAUAGUGUUGUCCUUUGGAUGUCUUAUGAAUGAAUCAUGAAUUUCUUCAAAGGGAAGCGAAAGAGGGAAGAAGAAGAUAACUUAAUGGAACCAAAGCCAAAAUUGGAUGUUCUUUCUUGGUUGAGGCAAAAGUUCCAAAGCAUGGUAAAAAAAAAUUYGAGAAAUGACAUAUUGUCAAAAAAGUAUGGUGAUACUCCUUCUCACCUGAAAGUUGAAAGAUAUGUGUUGAGCCCACCCAUGCAGGUUCCUGUUGAUCAAAUCAGAACAAACAGCGAGUACUAUCUUAAAGACAGUCUUGUUUAUACUACGGAAAACAAAUUCUACGAGUUUAAAGCUGCAGGGGGGAGAUAUUUCAAAGAUAUUCUUCCACAGCACAUAAGAAAGUAUGGCUCAGGAUUUUUGAAUUCACAAGGGGGCAUUAUUCUAGCUGGAAUUCUGGACAAUGGUAUCGUUAAAGGUGUAAAAUUAGGUGCUGCCGACAAGAAACACAUAAACAAUGUAGUAAAUUCAGAAUUUGCCAAAUUUCGCCCAAAAGUGGACAGAACCUUUUACAGAGUAGAAUUUAGAAACGUAUGCACGACGGUACAUGACAGGUAUGGCUACAAUUUGCACGUACCAGCUCCCAAUCUCUUCGUUGUGGAGAUAAGUGUAAAAAAGGGUGCCGAAGGAGAAAUAUAUGAAGAUGCCUUCCAUAAGGUAUAUGUUCGAAGAGAAGCUUCGGUCGAAGGACCUCUGUCACCUUUGAAGAUAAAAGAACUUGUAUUGGAAGAUUACAAAAGAAUUAUUUCGUUAGCAGAGGUGGAGAGGCAAAGAAGAAAACGAAAAAUAGACCUACAGGAAGAUUGCGCMGACGAGGAUGUUGAUGUAAAACGGCAAAAGAAAACUGACUUGAAACCAAUACCCAUUGAAUUUAAUCUAUAAUUAUACUUCGUAAAUAUAUUUAAUUAUAUGUAAGUUUACUAAUAUGAAGUUUUUGUGUAAAAGUCACAAAAAUAUUGGUGUCAGAAUCCAUUCGAAGAGGUUUACCCUGAAAAUCAGUCAUGUUCAGUGACCACAAACAUUGAACGUUUGCAAUUAUCAAAAUGUUACAUUUCAUCAAUUGUUAUAAUGAAUAGACUGAUUGGUGCAUUCCAAGACUGCAAUGCAUUGUUGCCAUUAAACUCAAUGGUAUUGGCGUUACAACCUUGAAUGCUUUCCAAUGAACUUUUUGACUGUACGGUAUAUUUACUCUGAAACCAGGUAAAUUACUUUUGAAAGGCGAUAGAACGACCGACAACGCAUUUCGAUCUUAGAAUACAGUGUCUGCAAUAUUCAACGUUUUCUGAAAUCCCAUGAAAGUUGCUCAGUUGUAAAGGGGGGGGGGCAUAAAGACAAUGCAAUAUAUCGCAUUUUUUUCCAUAAAUAUUUAACAUCAAGUAAAACAUCUCUACAUCUUGAGUUUUCAAAUUACAUUCUUCCCGGGAAUUUAAAAAAAAAAAUUGGAAAUAAAGUUUUUGUCUUUACGUCUUUAAAAAACUGUACAACGUUAAAGAUUGACUUUUGUAGAAUAGUAGCAAAACGAUAUAUGUUGUAAUAAUGUAUAAACGUUUACAACUUCAAUUGUAAACAACGUGAAAAACAAAAUAAUGUSAUUGAAAGAGAUUUGAGAUUUGUGCGGCUCAUUUGGUGAUUUACCUUUCAAAGAACGUGACAGAGAAUAAAAGUUGUUUAUAUUGGUAAA